AUGAGUAAUGAAAACGGGAGGCCGAAGGCCCACAGAUUGAGAAAACACGGAGGGGAUGAGACAGAUGCGGACCUUGAUUCUGAAUUGGAGAUGAUGGAUAAACUCAAUAUGGCGUCCAGACUAGCCGAGAACAAUUUAGCCAAGCUUUUAGAUAACGAUAAAGACUUAUUAAACCGAGUAGAAGAGAUAAAAGCGCAAUUCCAAGACAGGGCCAAAACACCUUUCAGCGCUGAAGAAGAUGUUGAUGAUAUAUAUGAUGCAGAUGAGCAUGGGGCACGGAGCCGGCAAAUCAUGUCUGCGCGUUCCGGGACAGGGAACAAGGAAGUAAUACCGCCAGAGAAUUUUAGUCAUGUCUGUGGAGAAAUAUAUCGAUCGAGUUUCCCCAGACCAGAAAACUUCGAAUUCUUAAGGGACAGACUAAAGUUGAAGAGCAUAUUGGUGCUUAUUCCAGAGGAGUAUCCUGCCGAAAAUAUGAAAUUUAUGGAAGAGACUGGUAUAAAAUUGUUUCAAGUUGGAAUGAGUGGUAACAAAGAGCCAUUUGUAAAUAUUCCAAGUGAUUUAUUGACAAAGGCUCUCGAAGUAGUUUUAAACCCAGAAAAUCACCCAAUUCUAAUACACUGCAACAGAGGGAAACAUAGAACUGGUUGUUUAGUCGGAUGUAUUAGAAAGUUACAGAAUUGGUCAUUGACCAUGAUCUUUGACGAAUACCGUAGAUUCGCCUUUCCGAAAGUACGAGCUUUGGAUCAACAAUUUAUAGAGUUGUACGAUGAUACUGGGAUCAUAAAGCUGGCCACGGAAAACAACUGGCUAUCUGUUGAAUGGUGA